UUUGAGGAUGUGGUGACGGCCCAACUUCUGAGGAGGAACGGGGCUCUCACUCAGGAUAUCAUGUCCGUGCAUCCGCUCUUCGCCGGGGACACAAUGGAGCAGUCCGCCCAGCGCGUCCGUGCGGACUUCCCCACGCAGUUUCCUACGGAGCAAAUUAUGAGCUACUUGGGCAGCAUGGCGCUCACAAUGGACCCGGAAAUCUUCGGCCAGGCCAGUUGCGCGAGCACGGUCGAGUUUGUGAACGGCCCAGUGGCUUUAGGGAGGAUGAUCGGCUGGGCGAUCGCAGAGGUGUCGCCCGCCGCCUUCGCUUGCAAGUGGUACGUCGGCCGCGCGCGGCCCGAGGAGGUUGCGUACAACCUCAGCCAGGGGGGGUUGAGCCAGGCCCCGGCCAACGUCAGGGCGAUGGUGGACGGCAUGGGCUUGACCACGCUCGAGUCUUUCACCGCCUAUUCAGAAGGGUGCCCCGUGCACCCAGCUUGGCCGGCUAUGCAUUCGGCGGCCUCCUCUCUGUCGACUUGGCUUGACGUCGUGGCCCUCCUGACCCCAGCGCAGCGCAAUGAGGUGCGACUCCUGGAUUACUCUGUUGCUUAUUUCCGCACAUUCGCAGGCGUUCACUACGAUUCUGACAACCGUGCCGGCCUGGCACUCGGCCAGAAGAUCGUGAGGGAGAAGUUGCCGGACUACCUCUCGGAGAAGUACGGCUGCGACGCCGCCAGCAAGGCCACGAUCAGGUCGCGCGUGCAGACCAAGAUCGCGUCGCUGGAGGUUCUGGAUUGGGCAACUUGGACGCCCGAUCAUUGGAUUCGCCCCUCAGCGUACUACUCCUCACUCCGACGCCGACAAGCGGAUCGCGUCCUGACCAAGAGCCAGAGCGGAGCAUCUUUGUCUUCCACAGAUACGACUGCGGCUAUCGUGAAGCCGUCUGUGGCGCUGUGGGCCGGAGGAUCCCACGGCAGCCCGCGAGCCGCCCAACGGAGGGCGCUGGCGGGCAACGACGGGUGCACCGAGUAUCGUUUUGGAAAAGCUGCUGAAGGCGCAUGUUACCCGCGGAGCGGUGGGGCCUCCGACAGCUUGAGGGAGACCGCCGCCGUCAGCGUCCGCGGGUUUCACGGUAACGACCAGGUCCAGGCUGCUGUGUCCCACUUAGGCGCGAACGUUUCGUUUGCACAAGUCGCUGCCGACUUGGGUUUCGACGCGAAUGUUGCGCUCAAGCCGACGCACGCGGACGACGCAGACGCCGCCGACAAGAGUAGAUUUUGGGCGGAGUUCGAGGAGGUGGCGGCAGCCCAGCUUCUGAGGAUUCAAAACCGCAGAACAGAAGAAAUCAUGACUGUGCAUCCACUCUUCGACGGGGAUACGAUGGAACAGUCCGCCCAGCGCGUCCGAGCUGACUUCCCCCCGUUCUUUCCGACGGAGCAGGUCAUGGAUUAUUUGCAGAGCAUGUCGCUGACGCUGGACCCGGACAUCUUCAACCAGCCCAGCUGCACAAGCCGUGUCGAGUUUGUUAACGGCCCGGUGGCUUUGGGAAGGAUUAUUGGUUGGGCGAUCGCCGAGGUGUCGCCCGCCUGCUUCGCUUGCAAGUGGGCCGUCGGUCGCGCGCGACCCGAGGAGGUCGCUUACGGAGUCAUCCAGGGCGAGCUUCCCGAUGCCCCCAUGCGGGUCAAGAAGAUGAUGGCCGACUUCGUGGCCGCCAAGCCUGUGAACAGCGCCGAAGACUUCACCGCGUACACCGAGGGCUGCCCUGUGCACCCGGCCUGGCCCGCCAUGCACUCCGCCGCCUCCAGCUUGUCCUCGUGGUUGGACGUCGUUGCCAUCCUCACCCCCGCGCAGCGCGAGGAGAUUCGGCUCCUGGACUUCUCUGUCGCGUUCUUCCGCACCUUCGCGGGCGUUCACUAUGCGACGGAUAACCGCGCUGGCUUGGCGCUUGGGCGGAAAAUCGUGGAGUCGAAGUUGCCCGACUUCUUGGCCGAGACGUACGGCUGCGACGCGGCGUCCGCAUCCGCGAUCAGGGCGCGCGCCGCAGCCAAGAUCCAGUCAUUCAAUUCGGACACCCUGAGCGGGCACCCCUUCAGCUGGGCCACUUGGACACCCGAGAAGUGGAUCAGCCCAACGCAGUUCUUUGACGCAUCCGGCAGCGCCAUCGGUGACCCACACAUGCGGAACAUGUUUGGUCAGAGCUUUGACAUCGCACGGACUGGCGAGCACGUGCUCAUCAAUAUUCCACAAAAAUGUGGCCCAGAUGAGAUUCUUCUUCGCGUGGGUGCGGAGGUGCGAAGCGACCGACAUGCACAUUGCGCGACCGACAUGUACAUCAAGGCGCUCAACAUCACUGGUGCGUGGGCCAAUAAGCAGCAGACGAAUGGCUUCAGGUACUUGGCGAGCCAUCGUGAUCAGCGCCAGCCAUGGAGGUGGUUCGGCAAGGUUGAGCUGAAGGUGGCGUGGGGCCGCACGCGCGACGGGGAAGAUUACCUUAAUUUCUAUGUCCGCCACUUGAGCACUGUUGGUCACGCGGUCGGGGGUAUCCUCGGCAUCGACGAUCAUUCAGAGGCAUCAUCCCCGGACGAGAGGUGCAAACGCUCCCUCACGCUCGCAGAAUACGCGGAUUGAGUCGGAUGCUCGUGCUGCGCUUGCGAGCUAACACUAAGAGCUCGUGUAGACUCUGUAUGCCUCAUACAUUGGUUGUAUGCCUGUGUGGAGUAGUGUCGUAUGAGGGCAUCAAGAGGGCCCCAAAGGGCCCCAAUCGAGCCCCAACAUACGUUUUAUUUACAAAAUGAGCGGUUCGCUCGCUCCUGGGAAGAUACUUGUCCUUCCAAUCCUGCUUGUCUCCUACGGCGUGAUAUAGGCCACCCUACGCCGAUAGAAGUACUUGCUGAAUAUGGGUGCCGACGAGGCCAGCUCUGCUAUGUCCAGGGACCCAUUCUUUCAAUACCUCCACCCUACUCCCUCCUUUUCGCCCUCCUCUGGCUAAUUCAUACAGCGCUGCUGUGGGGUCACCCGGGUGCUGUAUGCCUUUGAGCUUCGCCGAGCAUAGGAUUUCUUCAUUAUCAUAUCUCCUCUCCUCCUUGUCGCUUCAGGCUCAGCGAAGCUGUCUUCCUCUAAAUCGGAGCUGGCUCAUCAUUGGCUCCUGGGUUGAUAUUUUUUCUUUCAAUCCUGCUUGUCUCCUGCGGCGUGAUAUAGGCCACCCUACGCCGAUAGAAGCACUUGCUGACUAUGGGUGCCGUCCAGACCUGCUCUGCUAGGUGGAAGGCCCCAUUCUUUCAAUACCUCCACCCUGCUCCCUCCUUUUCGCCCUCCUCAUCCUCCUCCUUCCUCUUCAUUUUGCCGUACAGCGGCUUGUCGAGUUGCGCGUGUGCUCAUCCAGAAUCAGAGACCGUUAUCGGAAACACGGCCCGCGCUAUAGGCGCUACGCACGUCCAUCGUCGUUCGGUGGCGAUGCCAGGAAGCAGAGAGCGAGACCUCGCAUCACGGUUCUAGCCCACCCCUUUGAAAGCACCCGCUCCAGCUUUUGUGCCUUGGGGGCACUCCUGUUACUCCUGGGGGGGGGGG